UGUGUUGUAAGUGAGAAUAAAAUGAUGGGAGAUAGAUUGAAUAGACAAUGUUUAUUGGUUAAAGAGGAGGCUUGAAAAAUGUAUGUUCUCAGCACGAUUUUCCGCCACGUGACCUUUUUCCUUUUUCAACAUUUUUUUUCUUGUUUUUAUUUAUUUUAUUUUCGUACAUAAUUAAACUUGACUUUGUUGGAGUGUUUGAGAGAGGCGCAGAUAGUUGUAUGAGGGGGUGUUUCCUCACCAUGAAAAUCUUGUAAAUAUACACAUCGGAAAACCACUGGAAUUUUAAUUCAUUAUAAAGAUUCAUGAAAAUAGCUAGACGAGCUCGUUCCCAACCCAAUUCACAUUAGUUUCAUUUGAACCGUCGUCGGUUAAGUUAGUAAAUUAAACCUUCUAUUAGGAUUUUUCAUUAAUUCGUACAAUAUUUUAGCAAAAUGGUUGACGCUUUGGAUACAGAGCAGGUGCAAUUAUUCCGCCGAGCAUUUUCCAUGUUCGAUUCGGGGAAAACGGGUCGUAUUGAGAAGGAGAAAGUUCGCACAAUCCUGAACACAUUAGGGCACACUUACGAUGAUACGGAACUUGAAAAUCUUCUUGUUGCCGAAGAUGCGGAAGGUUCAGGAAAAUUGGAUUUUGAUGCGUUUUGUCGAGUAGCUGGACGAUUUGCUGAAGAGGAUGACGAAGCUUUACAAAAAGAGCUGAAAGAAGCGUUUCGACUCUACGACAAAGAAGGAAAUGGAUACAUCCCAACAUCAUCUCUUCGUGAAAUUCUUGCUGCAUUGGAUGAUCAACUGACGAGUGAUCAGCUCAACGAGAUGAUUGCUGAAAUCGACACCGAUUCAUCCGGAACAGUAGAUUUUGAUGAAUUUAUGGAAAUGAUGACUGGAGAUUAAGUGGAAAUAAUAUUUUUUUUACCCAGAUUUUUAACAACACCGAAAUGUUUGGACUGCAAUAAAUUAAUGUCACGAGGGGAGAACAAAUUUUACAAAUAAAUCCUUUUCCAACACGUUGAAAA